UCGAAGUUCCUGUUGAGAGACGGGCGGGGAGUCCUAAAAUAACCUGCGGACUUGUCAUGGCUUCUGGAAAACUGCACUGUAUCCAGCUACAAUGGCGACCGGACCACCAGUAACGCAACAAAUCGGCAGGAAUCAGCAGGGGACGCCGAAUCCUCCGGUAAACGUGCACCUCUCCGAAGUCGAAGACUGCCUGGUUCACGAUCGGUUGGGAAACUGUAUUCCUUUCAGAAGAUUAUAUCAGGAGAAGAAAUCAAUCAUCGUUUUCGUUAAGAACUUCUUGUGCUACACGUGCAGAGAGUAUGUUGAAGACCUCGCCAAAAUCCCAAAGAAAUCACUCAUGAGUGCUGAUGUCAGAUUGGUUGUGAUUGGGCAGUCAUCUCACCAUCACAUUGAGCCAUUCUGUGCAUUGACGAAGUAUCCCCAUGAAAUAUAUGUUGAUCCUGAAAGGAAGGUUUAUACCAGACUGGGGAUGAGAAGAGGAGAGAUUUUCACCGAAUCGGGUUCGCGGUGUCGUCACGUGAGGUCCAGCAUGCUCCAGGGCACGGUCAGCAGCCUGUGGCUGGCCAUGAAAAGCCCCGCCUUCGAUUUCCAAGGAGAUCCCCUCCAACAGGGCGGGGCCAUCAUUGUAGGCCCAGGUUCUGAGGUUCAUUUUGCGCACUUUGACUCGAAUCGACUGGACCAUAUGCCUAUAAACUGGCUAUUGCAGCUGGCCGGAGUGGAAACCGUUGACUUCAGCGAUCAGCCAAAGAUAAUCCAUGUUUGAAAGCCAUAAGGGGCGAGGCGGGGUGACGGUUGGGGGCGGGGCAACUGCAAUAAACACAAGCGCUUUGAACUGUAUUUAACUGUCUAUUAAAGCUAUCAUUUUUUUACCUGGAGACUUCACCAAUAAAUCAUUUUUGUACUCAUCUGAUUAUGGAGAAGCAGUGUGUUUUUUUUCUUUAUUUUUAAGUGUUGUAGUCACAACAUGAUUGCAAUACAGACUUCUUCCUCCUUAACACGAAUAUUCUGCAGACAUUUUUAUUUAUUUUUUAUAACUCGGGUUUUUGUUUCGUUUGCAGCUUACAUUCCUGAUUGGUGAUAGGAGGUUUGUCCUUUGUGACACUAUUUCAUGAAGUGUGUUUUCUGGUUGAAAACCAAUAGGCAUUUUGAUUUAUUUUGCACAACGAAUGAUUACCGUGCGCAUUUAAUUUACGCAUAAAUUAUGCUGUGAUUGUAA